AUGGCGACGAUAUGCAAGAAACCAUUGCAUAAAGAAGAAUGGGGCUGCAAGUUCAGUCACGAUCUCCUGGAGAUGGGCAGACUUAAAGGCCUCCUUGGCGACAUCGAGGUGUUGCGAGAGCCUCUGGAAUACCUGACGUUAGAAUACGUUGGUAGUUUUGAGGCUUUCGGACACCACGAGAGUUGGGGGGAAGGCUGGAGGAUGACUGUCAGAGCACGGGAACUCCACGGACUCUUCAAUGAAAUCAGUCCACCUAUCGUCAUCGAAGCGGAGAACGUCAACGAAGUAAUCAAUAAGGUGGAGGAUGAAUUACUCUGGAAUGGCUAUUCAACAGGACGCGCGGAGCACAUGGUAAGCGGUAGAUUAACCACUGCAUUCUGCGGUGUCUUACCAGUGGUCUAA